UCUGCUUCUGAGGGUUGGCUGAGCUUGUAUGUGUCAGGCACUCAGCCGAACUCGUUAGAUGGAGCCACAUUCAAACUGUCAACUCUGGGGCUGAAGAGCUUUGCUGGGGAAACAGUCAGAAAAUACUCUGGAGGCAGAGUGGCCGGAGAGGUCUGGAAGGCAGAGAGAAGCCUCUGGAUCUAGGGUCUCCCGAGAGGAGAUGGUAUUUUGUCCUGGAAUCCCUGCCUUGACCACAUCCCUAACCUGACCAGCAGCUCAGCCCCAGCCCUGCACGGUCCAGGUGGAAGCGGGAACAGCAGAGGCGGGAGAGGGCGGGAAAGGAAAGCCCACGGACCGGCAGGCGGAGCCUCCUGACCAAGUCUGGCCUGGCUGGAAGGGGAGGGGGCCGUGGGCCGAGACGUCAGAUGCCAUCAGCUCCCUACGGACUGUUAAAGUCGUCGCUGUGCUGCCAAGCGGGCCGGGGCGUCUGCAGAGGUCCUCUGCCUCCUCAGCCGCCUCCUGCCACCCGCCUGGGCUGCCCAUGCUGGGCAGCCGGCCCUGACUGCACAAGGCAGACGUGUGACCUCUCCAGCCAGCUAUGUCCCUGUUGCCUGGCACCGUGGGCUUGGCAGGCCUGUUCUUCUGGGCAGGCCAGACAAUGAACACCUUGAUGCCCAAUGCCACCCUGGCACUGGCCCAGACCAAGGGCGCAACUGUGCAGCCCCUGAGUGGCCUGGGGGUGCCCAGGUACCGGCGGAAGCGCCACAUCUCGGCCCGGGACAUGAAUGCCUUACUGGAUUAUCACAACCACAUCCGGGCCAGCGUGCACCCACCUGCUGCCAACAUGGAGUUUAUGGUCUGGGAUGAGCAGCUGGCCAGGUCUGCUGAGGCCUGGGCCACCCAGUGCAUUUGGUCCCACGGGCCCCCACAGCUGAUGAGAUACGUGGGCCAGAACCUCUCCAUCCAUUCUGGCCGGUACCGCUCGGUGGUGGAUCUCGUGAAGUCUUGGUCUGAGGAGAAGCGAAAUUACUCGUUUCCGGCCCCGAGGGACUGCACCCCGCACUGCCCCUGGCGCUGCAGUGGCCCCGUCUGCUCCCACUAUACCCAGAUGGUGUGGGCAUCCUCCAAUCGGCUGGGCUGUGCCAUCCACACCUGUAGCAGCAUCAAGGUCUGGGGCAGCACCUGGCACCAGGCUGUGUACCUGGUCUGCAACUACGCCAUCAAGGGUAACUGGAUCGGCGAGGCACCGUACAAGAUGGGGAGGCCGUGUUCUGCCUGCCCUCCCAGCUACCAAGGCAGCUGCAACAGGAACAUGUGCUUCUCUGGGCUCAAGUUCAACCGGCUCCCACGGGUCUGAAGUUUCUCUG